AUGAAACUCAGAAGCAGUGUUCUGAAUCCAUAUUGCACUCUAAAGAACAUCUGUAAUCUCACAUUGUCAACUAGAGUGUUCAAUGUAAUAACCAAGAAUACUGUGUCGGGUGCUAUUGAAUUGGGAAUGAUAUUCAAUAAUGUCAGACGUUUCUGUAUGUACACACGGUGCAACAACUAUGGGAAUAAUAAAGAUAAUUCAUUAAGAACACAACAAUGCAAAUCGAUCGUACGAUAUAUGCCGAAUCUCGAAUCAUUGUUACUCUAUCAGUUAUUCUUUUAUCAAGAUGCAUUUCAAACGAUAAAAACAUUGCCACACCUGACUUCACUCGAUCUUUCCUCCUCUCAAAUCGACAAUGACAUGAGCUUCACAUCGGAUCUUAUAUCGAACUCCAUCAAGAAGUUGAAACUACCUUUGGGAGUAACCAAUAGAUACCAGAGUAUACUUUCUGAUCAACAUCAAAUCACCACGUUUGGAAUGGGAAAUAUCAAAGAGUUACAAAUUCAAAUGUUAAGCAGUCACCUAACGCAUUUAACCAAACUGAUUAUACACAAUUUCUCUGAGAAAGUUGAAACUUCCACACUCCCUAAUUGGCUUCAAAUAUUUGAGCAUCCUACCUGGCAACAGUCAAGUUACAACAUUCAUAUUCCAAUAAAACCAGACAACUCAGUACUCAAGAAUAUCAGUCAUUUAACACUUACAAUUGAAAUCUUCAAUGAAAUCAACUACAAAUUAGCUUUGUGUUCAUAA